AUGACCAUGGCGGACGAAAGCACCCUCGAUACCAUCCGCAAGCGGCUGCUCGAGACGGGCGACUGGGACAGGAUAUCCCGCCUGCUCCGCCAGCAGCUCGAAGAGUCGGGCUUUGACGACGAGCUCAAGGACCUUGCAAAGGAGACGGCGCGUAAGCAAGGCGCCCCCUCGCUCGCCAAGCUCGUCGCGGACGUGACCCCGGCCGCCAACGCCACUGUCCUCUCUAUCCACCCGCCUCGUCCCACGCGUGUCCUUGUCGCUAACGCUACAGGCCUCGUCAACAUGCAGGUCCGCGAGGCGGUCGUGCGCGAGAUUGAGAUCGCCCUCGAGCGCGAGGUCGAACGCGUCUAG